UGUUUCUGGACUUGGAGUUCAACAGGCCUACAUGUCUUCAGGCUUGUGGUGAAAUUUACCAAAUCCUUUGAAUUGCUGUCCCCGAAGUGCAGUGCUGAUGCUGAGAACAGUUUCAAAGAAAGCAUGGAGAAAUCAUCGUACUCCGACUGGCUAAUAAAUAAUAGCAUUGCUGAGCUAGUUGCUUCAACAGGCCUCCCAGUGAACAUCAGUGAUGCCUACCAGGAUCCGCGCUUUGAUGCAGAGGCGGACCAGAUAUCUGGUUUUCACAUAAGAUCUGUUCUCUGUGUCCCUAUUUGGAAUAGCAACCACCAAAUAAUUGGAGUGGCUCAAGUGUUAAAUAGACUUGAUGGGAAACCUUUUGAUGAUGCGGAUCAACGACUUUUUGAGGCUUUUGUCAUCUUUUGUGGACUUGGCAUCAACAACACAAUUAUGUAUGAUCAAGUGAAGAAGUCCUGGGCCAAGCAGUCUGUGGCUCUUGAUGUGCUAUCAUAUCAUGCAACAUGUUCAAAAGCUGAAGUUGACAAGUUUAAGGCAGCCAACAUCCCUCUGGUGUCAGAACUUGCCAUCGAUGACAUUCAUUUUGAUGACUUUUCUCUUGAUGUUGAUGCCAUGAUCACAGCUGCUCUCCGGAUGUUCAUGGAGCUGGGGAUGGUACAGAAAUUUAAAAUUGACUAUGAGACACUGUGUAGGUGGCUUUUAACAGUGAGGAAAAACUAUCGGAUGGUUCUGUACCAUAACUGGAGACAUGCCUUCAACGUGUGUCAGCUGAUGUUCGCGAUGUUAACCACUGCUGGGUUUCAAGAGAUUCUGACCGAGGUGGAAAUUUUAGCUGUGAUUGUGGGAUGCCUGUGUCAUGACCUCGACCACAGGGGAACCAACAAUGCCUUCCAAGCUAAGAGCGGUUCCGCCCUGGCCCAACUCUAUGGAACCUCUGCUACCUUGGAGCAUCACCAUUUCAACCACGCCGUGAUGAUCCUUCAAAGCGAGGGUCACAAUAUCUUUGCUAACCUGUCCUCCAAGGAAUAUAGUGACCUUAUGCAGCUUUUGAAGCAGUCAAUAUUGGCAACAGACCUCACGCUGUACUUUGAGAGGAGAACUGAAUUCUUUGAACUUGUCAGUAAAGGAGAAUACGAUUGGAACAUCAAAAACCAUCGUGAUGUAUUUCGAUCAAUGUUAAUGACAGCCUGUGACCUUGGAGCCGUGACCAAACCGUGGGAGAUCUCAAGACAGGUGGCAGAACUUGUAACCAGUGAGUUCUUUGAACAAGGAGAUCGGGAGAGAUUAGAGCUCAAACUCACUCCUUCGGCAAUUUUUGAUCGGAACCGGAAAGAUGAACUGCCUCGGUUGCAACUGGAGUGGAUUGACAGCAUCUGCAUGCCUUUGUAUCAGGCACUGGUGAAGGUCAAUGUGAAACUGAAGCCGAUGCUAGAUUCAGUAGCUGCAAACAGAAGUAAGUGGGAAGAGCUGCACCAAAAACGGCUGCUGGCCUCAACUGCCUCAUCCUCCCCUGCCAGUGUUACGGUAGCCACGGAAGACAGGAACUAACCCUCCAGGUCAGCUGCAGCUACAAAGUGACUCAGCCUGAAGGGCCACUUUCAGUCCAGCCAUGUCAUCCUUUUGUUCUUUUAGUUCAGAAAGACCUAACAUCUCAAGAAUGCACUGGGAAGCAUGCCUGGGCUUUCACCUUGAAGCGUGAUCAGCAGCAGAGAGCAAUGGGAAGGACAAAGAAAGAGGUGGGGCAGGGAGCACACCCCAGGACCCUCACUUUUUCCCUAAUGAACACGCAUGGGCUGAAAUGAAGGCUUUGGGUGGGGACUGUUUUGGAUCCAAGGAUCUGUGGACAGGCGGCCUACUCGCUCUGAGCUGAGGGAACACUGAACAGUAAAAGCGUCACUAGCGCUGCUUCAUUUUGUAUAUGGCUUUUCUGUUUGUUAGAAGCCAAACACUGCCUGUCUUUGCUUCCUGUCCCUGAAUGCCUUUUUGUGCCAGACCGUCCCAAGAAUCCUAAUUUGUAUUCCAUAGAGGUAUUUUAUUUUUAAUCCUAGAGCUUCUUAUUGAUGGAUCCUUUAGAAUUGCCUACCUAAAAGUAACCUAUACUAUCCUUAUAAAUACUGGUCAAUCUCAGUUCUCCCCCUAAAAAGGAAUACAUAGUAGGAGUAUAGCAAAUGUGUUUGAUGGGUAAUUCUAGACUUGGACUAUGGUACCCUUUUCCAGAGGUUUAAAAUUCAACCUUCAUUACAGACCAAGUUUUCGCCCAGAAGGAAUGGAUUGAUAGAUUUUGAUUAAAGUAAGGGUGGAAGGAAAUCUGUAGCUGGAUUUACCACAGGUGACAUCUAGAAACUAUGGUUCACAGGACAGAGCAGAGCCAUGGAGACUAAGCAUUGACCACCUUGAGUUCUCCUAGUGAAGAGUUCUGAUAUAAAAUGUAAGGUUACUGCCAGUAACCAACUUAAAGCAAACUAUAGGGGUCCCUAAUUUUGGAUUUUUCUUUAAGUAUAAGAAAUAAUGCUUCAAAUGUUAAGAAAUAACAGUCUGGGCAAAGAACGCAUAUUCUAUAGGAAGCCAAGUUUACAAUAGGUAAGAAUAAACUGUAUUAAGUAGAUGUAAUGACUAGAAAGCUGCUUUGCUCCCUGUUUUGAGAAAUUGUGGACAUAGUAUAUCUUAUCCAAAGAACACUGGGCUAGAAGAUAGAUUUCUAUCCCUAGCUUUGGCAUUAUUGACUAGAUUGACUUGAACAAGUCACUUCACUUCUCCAAGCUUGUUUCCUUAUUUGUCAAAUUAGAUUACACUAGGAAAUGAUUCUUGAACAUGUUUUUACAACUCUUUGUUCAAAUAAAUCUUUCAACGAAUCCCCAACAUAUAAAACAUCAAAAAGCUGAAUUCCUAGGUGAAUUAUAAGCAGGGUUUGGACAUCCAGAGCACCUACAAACCUUUAUCUCUUCGAUUACAUACAUGGGGGUCCACAGGGACUCUGAGGAGUUUGAACAUCCCUGGACUAGUUUAAACCUGAGGGCCAUUCCAGUCCUUAAAAAAAUCUAAAAUUUACAAACCAUUUUUCUUAUUAUUGUUUUUGUUUGUUUUUGUUUUUUGAG